UCGAUUCACCCAUUCAUAUCCCCUCUCUCUCUCCCCCUUUUCAUAUAUACACAUAAAUGUACAUGCAUCUGUAUGAAAAAUUAGCCAUUGUUUAACAAUGAGAAACAAGAAGAGUGUUGAAUGCUUGCAGAUUCAAAGUUCACUGAAAAUGGAAAGUGACAAGUCAAAAGGAACAGGACCUGGCUCUAUGGAUAUGUACAGUCGGUUAACUUCCUUAAAAGAAGAAGAAUCAAAUAAUAUAUUUGGAGUUGGAGACCUUGUUUGGGGAAAGGUAAUGUCUCAUCCCUGGUGGCCAGGACAAAUAUAUGACGAGAGUCUAAUACCUUCUCCAGUAUGCGAUGCCAAGAGAGAUGGUUCAGUUCUCGUUGCCUUUUAUGGUGAUUAUAGUUAUGCAUGGCUUGAUCAUAAUCAAAUUAUCCCUUUUGAACCUCAUUUUGAGGAGAAGUCAAACAAGUCGAAAAUUCAAACUUUCUUUGUGGCUGUUGAAGAAGCUAUUGAUGAGCUGAAAAAGAGAGCAGUACUUGGCUUGACUUGCUCCUGCCUGGGUAAUUUUCAGCCCACAAGAAUUGAAGGACUUUAUAAAGUUGAUGUGAGCGGGUAUACACCUGGGACCAUUUAUUCAUCAAAGCAGAUUAAAAAAUCUAGAGAUGGUUUUCAUCCACAUGGGAUGUUUUCAUUUGUAAAGAAGUUGGCCAUGUCUCCAAGAUCUUUGCCAAAUAAUGUUUAUGGGAUAAUUAACAUUGCAAAGGUUACUACUUACAGAAAAGCGGUUUUUGAAGAGAAUGAUGACACUUAUGAUCUGGCAUUUGAUGAAUUUGAAAAAGGUGUUGACACCUAUGUUCAGACAUUUGGAGUGAAAGCCUCAAGCUCAGAGGAUCCUGUAGAAUUUUCGAAAGACGAGAAUCAAUGUACCGAUGGGGCCAAAUUGUUUGAAUAUCAAGGGGAUUCCUCCAAGAAGUCAUGUAAAAGAGAAACUAAAAGGAAGAGGAGGGAAGAGUCUCCACCAGAUGACCAGGGUCGUAAAGGCAACUUCCGAAUGGAUGCCUUCUUUGACCAUCUAGUAACAAAAUCAGGUGAAGAAACUGAGAAACAUAACGAGCUUAAUGACUAUGGAGCUGAACUAGGAAAUGUUACUGAUGCAUUUAAGCAUUUGAAGCAAUCCCCAUCAACUUUUUAUGAAGAGAGUUGUUUUCCAGAUGAACAUGAGAAGACUAACAAAAAGCAGACGCUCUUGAAUUGCCAAGACGAAGAAGAGUUGAGGGGCUUCAAGUCCUUGCAUAUGACAAAGAAAUAUGGUGACCAAACACUUUUGACACCCCAAGGGGAUGACGUUGACAUCCAAUCAACAUUGUCAGUGGAGUCUGAAAAGAGGUUCACUGAGGAGCCUGAAUGGAAAGCUGAACCAACUAUGCUGGUAAUAAAGUUCUCUCCUCAAACUAUGCUUCCAACUGCUUCAGAAUUAAAAGCCAAGUUUGGAUAUUUUGGGCCAUUUGAUGAAUCAGCACUCCGUAUUUCGUGGGGUUCAGCAACAUGUCAGAUUGUAUUUCUGAACAAGUGUAAUGCUCAGGCUGCAUAUGACUAUGCAGUCCAAAGUAGAAGCUUGUUCAACUCUGACGUGAACUACCACUUAAUAGACUUUGAUGGUUCAGAAAAGUUAAUGGGAGAAUGUUUUGAUGACAUUCAAUCGUUUAAAAGUGAACCACAUCAUAUGUCAUUCCAAGAGUUGCCUUUGCAGUUCGAUACUGAGAUGAAGCCAUUACCCAAGGAAAAUUCAAAAUGCAGGUCUGAUGUAGAAGAAAAGGCAUUUCUCAAAGGUAACACAGAUACUAAGUCCAUUGUUUGUGACUAUCCAGAGGUUGAUGUAAAAGCCAAUAUUGAUUCUGAAAACAGUCCAGUGGUCCUUUCUGAAAUCUUGUGUGCUUCAAGUCCCGUUUCUUCUAGCAUUCAGUAUAAGCACAAAGUUGGCUGUCUGGAUGAGACUGUUGUGGCCAUUAAUGCAAAAUAUUCCAUGGAUGAGGGAUGGAAGAGUCAUUAUCAACAAAAUCUCAGUGCCAUUAGCACUUCAGAUUUGUCACUUCAACUGGCUAACCUUUUCCAAAAGUGCAAUGAAAUUUUGGGUGGAAUUGAUGAGUCACAGAACCAGUUCAGCAACCAGAGUUAACUCAAAUGAAUGAUAAGAUUUACUGUAUGUAUGCUGAUGGGAAGGAUGAAUGCGGAGAAGAAGAAAAGAAAACUUAUGAUAUAAAGCAUUAUAUAUACUUUGUUUAUGGCUAGUUCUUAUUUACUUUUAUCUGUAAGUGAUU